AUGAGACGAGCAAACCCUCCCGGACCAAUUGGCGGACCUGGAAGAGGCCCCAAUCCCCCGGGACCAGUGGGCGGACCUGGAAGAGGCCCCAAUCCCCCGGGACCAAUUGGCGGACCUGGAAGGGGACCCAACCCCCCUGGACCAAUAGGCGGACCUGGAAGGGGACCCAACCCCCCUGGACCAGUAGGCGGACCUGGAAGAGGCCCCAAUCCCCCUGGACCAGUAGGCGGACCUGGAAGAGGCCCCAAUCCCCCUGGACCAGUAGGCGGACCUGGUCGCGGCUUCCGGCGAUAA